CCACGUGACAGCCAGCUGACUCCAACCGGAAGCUUUCAGGAAGCGGCGAACCACAACAACACAUCGUCCUCAAGAGAACUUGAGUUUGUGAAGUUGUCUGCGCCUGUACAUCAUGGAGUCGACCCUCGAACAGCACCUGGAUGAUACCAUGAAGAACCCAGCAGUCGUCGGUGUGCUCUGCACGGAUCAACAAGGACACAACCUGGGCUGCCGCGGCUCCCUGUCUGAUGAGCAUGGCGGUGUCGUGUCCGUUCUGGCUAAACAAGCGGCAGCUCUCACCAGAGACCCAACAGACAAUCCGACUGUGUGCUUGGAGUCCGAGUCAGGAAACAUUCUGAUCAGGAGUCACGGGACCAUCACAGUUGCAGUUCACAAGAUAGCAUCUUGAAGACACCGGGGCUCACCGGGGAGUUUUAUUGUAACGACAUGUAAAACAUGUAAAAGUACAUCAAAAUCACACAAUCGGAAUGAACUCUGAGAAAGAGAAAUCUGGGCUUUUCCUCAUUGGUCUGCUGUGUCUCCUGUAUUUUCAGGGCCCAUAUUAAAAACCAGAGUGUUUGUGCUAAUUUUCUAACAGUUACUGUAUACCGGAAAAAAAUAUUUUAUAACAAACGAACACACCGCUGUCUCUUAGUAAUUCUAUUUUAUUGAUUCUGUGUCGAGCAGGUCCCAUUUGAUGUUGUAUCCAGCUAAGUUAAUAUGUGUCUGUGUCUUUCUGUUUACAUCCAUAUCCUUCAUGUCAUAUAUGAUAUGUUAGUCAUAUAUUACAUUGUGUAUAACGACUCUUAAUAAACUUUAACUCGGCUUUG